UACUCUCACAUCUAAAGGACAGAUAAAGAGGGGGGCUUCCAUACAUCCAGAUCAUCAGAGCCACCACCUAGGGGUGGGAGCUAGGCAAAACCUCAACACUCAGCACCCGUGGGUGAAAGGAUCCCUGCCUACUAAGGACUCACCAUGAAGAACUACUUGGUUUUCCUUCUUGCUGCGACUAUUUUCUCUUUCACCAGCUCUCAAGAUGCUGCAGAGGAGAACCCAACUGUAGUUGUGGAAGAAGAAGAGGAUCCAUUCUACAAGACUCCAGUCAACAGGCUUGCAUCCUCUGCAUCCAACUUUGGCUAUGACCUUUAUCGUAUGCAUGCAAGCAAGAAUCCAUCCAUCAACAUUUUUAUGUCACCACUGACCCUUGCCACUGCCCUUUCAUCUGUUUCCUUGGGUGCUGGAGAGCGGACUGAAUCCUUAAUACAUCGUACCUUGUACUAUGACCUGCUUAAUGACCCAGAGAUCCAUGCCACCUAUAAGGAGCUGCUUGCAAGUCUUUCUUCCAAAGAUAAAGUCAAAAGCACACAUCGCGUCAUCUUGGAGAGAAGACUCAGGUUAAAGGUUGAUUUUGUGAAUCAGAUGGAAAAGUUCUAUGGCCAGAAGCCUCGUGUCUUGUCAGGAAAUUCCCGCCUCGAUCUCUCAGAAGCCAAUAAUUUUGUACAGCAGAGGACGGAUGGGAAAGUUUUAAAAUGUUUUAAGGAGAUCCCUUCAGGUGUCAGUGUACUCUUGCUUGGAGCUGCUUAUUUUAAAGGUCAAUGGGUGCACAAAUUUAAUCCCCGUGAAACUGUCCUACGUGAAUUCUACACUGAUGAACAGACAUCCAUCUCAGUUCCAAUGAUGACAGCCAACAAUGUCCCUGUGAGAUAUGGCCUAGACUCGGACUUUAGCUGCAGGAUUAUGCAGCUGCCACUUAUUGGAGGAAUCAGCAUCAUGUUCUUUCUGCCUCUUACCGUAACGCAAAACCUUACCCUGAUUGAAGAGGGUCUAACAUCUGAAUUUGUCCAUGAUAUAGACCGGGCAUUACAGUCAGUCACCAUAAAGCUUAGUUUACCAAAACUGAAGCUGGACUAUGAGGCAGAACUUGGUAGCGCAUUACAAGAUAUGAAACUCCAGCCACUCUUCUCAGCUCCAGACUUCAGUAAAAUUUCUUCCAAAUCUGUGAAGCUCACACAGGCCGUUCACAAGGUUGCAAUGGAACUAAGCGAAGAUGGAAAAGAGGAAGUACCAAAAGUGGAUCCCAAGCAGAUCAAUCACUUCCCUCUAGAGUUCCAUUUGGAUCACCCAUUCAUCUUUGUACUUCGUGCUGAUGAUAACGGUGCACUCCUGUUCAUUGGAAAAGUAAUGAAUCCUAAAGGACUUUCUCGCUAAUCUUGCUGCAUUUUAUACAAAUGAUAUAAAUUGAAUGAAUUAUGGAUUCUAUUGGCAGCCAAAAGGAUAAACUGGUUGAGUACUCUUGCCCACUAAUCAGAAACAACUAGAACCCCCCUGAAGAAUUGGGUUAGGCACACCAAGUUCAGCCUCAGAUUCUCAUUCACUGCACUGUAUGAAACUAGUUUUGAAUAGAUUAGCCAUCUGGUUGGAUAUUGUAUAGAUAGAUAUCAUAUUAAAUAGAAAACAGCAAGUAUACAUAGUUGAUUAAAAAUAAACAGUGUAAGGAACAAGUGUGUGCAAAGAGCCCAUAACAUUCAAAUCAGACUUUACUACAGCCAAAAAAAAAAAGUGAUUACUGGUUGGCUGCUACAGGCCAAGACCCAUUGCAUAGUUGCCUUAUUGAAAAUGCCUGUUGGUUUAUGUUUAAGAAGCAAUAACUAUUAACAAAAAACGUCUAAACCAGUAACUCUUUUCUACAGAACAUUCCUGUUCUGAAGAUUCAUAAAUACUUGCUGUUUUAGGCAACUUCAUUUUUGGGCCUUUGUUAUAUGUCUAUAGCUCUUUAUCAAAUAGCCCCAUCAUAUCUAUAAUUGAAUUCCAACUGCUUCCUCUUAAACAAUAUCUACUACUCACCUUAACGGAGUCUGUAUAUAUCCGCUAAGGAAAUCACAAAGGCAGCUUUAUUUCAAUGAACAUAAGGAAAAAAAAACAACUUGGGUGCUGUUCAAGAGACGUAUGAGAAAAAAAAUCCUCAUCUUCCAAUUGAGUGCUUGCCUUGUAUCUUGUUUCUUUGAGAAAAAUAUUGAAUAAUAACUUUGUAUUCCAUUUAGCUGAACCAGUUUUCUGUUAUAUCAUUCUAAGUCUUCAAAGUUGUGAGGUCCCAGCUGAGCUCUUCUCCUCUGCUAUAUGCCAGAACAAUCCAUUGCAAUAAAGUACAUUACUUAUUGCUCAGGAA